GGCCGACCAUUGGAAUUCACGGAUUUUCAAUUGCAUAUUUUUAAAACUUUUCUGAUUAUUCUGGUGGCCAACUUACUGCUGGUUGGAUUUUACUGGAGAAAGUACGGCAGCAUUAUCACAGACCGUUUUAUCCGGCCAAGUACUGCCAAAGAAAUCGAAGAACUGAAAUUGUCAGUAGCACGGCUUAAACUUCCCAAGGAACACAGCCCAAGAAUAUAAAUCCCAUCAAAAAUGUCUAAAAUACUUAAAAAGUUUAUGGCAAAGCAAAAAAAUAAAUUUGGUACAGCUGGCCCAGGUCGUAGGCUUAAUUCUGAAACCCCGGCACCUAGUUCAUCGCAAAAAUCUUCGAAGGACCGUGAUGUUUAUGUUCCACCAAAACGUAACGAACUUUCAUCGGAAGCCCGAGCAGCGGCAGAUGCAGCCCUAGCGCGUAUUCAGGGCAAAGAUAAAAAAGAAUUCAAUACAUCAUUGGCAGCUAUCAAAGCUCAGGUUCGACGCGAAUUGGAGGCCGAAAAAAAGGCUAAGGAAGAAGAAAGCACAGGUUCCAGCGAACCUUCGGCUAGCCAAACGGAAGAAAAUCGUAAUCUGGCUGUGCAAGGAGUCUUUUUCAGAUGUCCUCUUAUAAGUGAAGAAGUUUUGCCUAGGAAAGAAUGGAAAGUAAAAAUUAAAGAAUUUUUGUAUGAGCAGCUCCAGCACGAAAAAGCUCUUUCCGCCUGUUUGAUCAUUUUCAACUGUAAUCCUAAAGAAAAGGUGGAUAUAUGUGUGGAAACAUUGAUUAAAGUCUUGGAAAAUAUUUCUCAAAAUCCCAAUGAAGAAAAAUAUAAAAAGCUUCGCAAAAACAACAGACUAGUUUGCGAUAAAAUAAUUGUCUGUGAAGGCGCGUUGGAAUUCCUUCAUGGUGCCGGAUUUGCAGAAAUUACUAUUGAUGAUGAGCCAUAUCUGAUUUGGUCGGAAGAUAAUCUUGAGCCGGAGACAACACUAGAAAGCCUGAUCGAGGCGCUCAAAUGCUCCGAGCCAAUGCAUUUGGAGCUUGAUCGUAACAUUCAGGUCCUGUUACCAUCACAAAUGCGAAAGAACAACCUUCCAGCUGAUUUCUUCCGCAUUUCACCUGAAGAGAUUAAACGUGAACAACAGCUGAGAACGGAAGCCCUAGAGCAGGCGCAAAUCCUUAAAACCAAAGCUAUGCGUGAAAAAGAAGAACUACGAGUGAUAAAUCGCUACAAAUUUAGUCUUAUCCGUAUCCGGUUCCCAAAUGGCGUCUACCUUCAGGGAACAUUCAAUGUUUAUGAAAAACUUAGUCAUGUGUUCGAAUUUGUCCAAUCAUGCCUGAUGCACGAAUCAGCGGAAUAUACCCUCAUACCUACUACAGAGCAGCGCUUUUCGGACGCGGAACUCGACAAAUCGCUGUACGACCUGCGCCUGGUACCAACUAUGGUUUUCAACUUUAAAUAUGAAAACGAGUCCCAAGGGCUGAACGAUUUUUUAAAAGAAGAACUCAUGCUGCUAAUUCAACCAUUCUAAUUUUGAAAAUUGUAAAUUAUACCUAUCAAGGAUCCAGUUUAAGUUCUACAUCAUGUCGUUUAUCUUAUAAUAUGUAUAAUAAUCCUAAAUAAAAUGUGAUUUGCAAUGUGUAA